AUUUUCGGGGGCUGUUCACGAAAAUAUAUGGAACAUGACAAUUCACGCAAAAUCGCAAGCCGUAACACUCUUGUUGGUCUGCUCAGCGGAGAAGUAACGUCGCGUUGGGAUCUCUUCUCGAUUUGUACAAUUUAGGUAACUCAAAAUGGCUGAAUACUCGGCAGCUACAGAUAAGACAGUAUCAGACAGAUAUUUGACAUUAGAUACAGAUGGCCAUUGUCAGGUCAUGUACGUCUGGGUCGAUGGCUCUGGAGAAAACCUGAGAGCCAAGACGAAAACAAUGGAUUUUGUGCCUGAGAAAGCUUCUGACUGCCCUAUAUGGAACUUCGAUGGAUCAAGUACGGACCAAUCAGAAGGAUCCAACAGCGAUAUGUUCCUCAAACCAGCUGCUCUCUUCAGGGAUCCAUUCAGACGAGGAGAGAACAAGCUCCUUAUAUGUGACGUCUACAAGUACGACUGGAGACCAGCUGAAACCAACUUCAGGAAGACAUGUAGCGAAGUCAUGGACAGGGCUGCUGAUACAGAACCAUGGUUUGGAAUUGAACAGGAAUACACUCUCCUAGGUAGUGAUAGAUGGCCCUUUGGCUGGCCCAAGGGUGGCUUCCCAGGACCACAGGGACCAUACUACUGUGGUGUGGGUGCUAACAAGGUCUAUGGUCGUGAUAUUGUAGAAUCUCAUUAUCGUGCUUGUCUGUAUGCUGGAGUUAAGAUCGCAGGUUCAAAUGCUGAAGUCAUGCCAGCACAGUGGGAAUUCCAGGUUGGACCUUGUUUAGGAAUUGAAAUGGGUGAUCAUCUGUGGAUGGCUAGGUUUAUCCUUCACCGUGUGUGUGAGGACUUUGGUGUCAUCGCGACCCUUGACCCCAAACCCAUGGAGGGCGACUGGAACGGCGCCGGCGCUCAUUGUAACUUCAGCACCAUUGCCAUGCGUGAGGAAGGCGGCAUCAAACACAUGAAGGAAGCCAUUGAGAAACUGGCCAAGAGACAUAAGGAGCACAUCCGAGCUUAUGACCCCAAGAACGGGGAGGACAACGCACGUAGGUUGACAGGCAGACACGAAACCUCCAGCAUCGAUGACUUCUCAUCGGGUGUGGCCAACCGCGGAGCCAGCAUCAGGAUACCCCGCCAGUGCGGCAUUGACGGAAUGGGAUACAUGGAGGACAGGAGACCAUCUUCAAACUGCGACCCUUACCGCGUCACAGAAGCUCUGAUUAGGACUACCGUUCUCGACGACUGGGAAUCUUAAAAAAAAAAAUCAUUGCCACUUUUUUGUUUGUACUGUUUCAAAUUAAAGCUCAUGACAAGUUUUCAAAACUUCAUUUGCACUUCUCUUCCCCUGCCUGGCCUCUCCAAACUUGUCAUAUUUUCCAACACGAAACGGGAGGCUUUUGUCAGGAAUGAGGGAUGAAGCCCUAAAUACCCUUGUGGCUUCCAUGGUUGAUCAAAGAAAAGUUGCACGUCGGUUAGGAUAUGAGCUAAAUUUGGCCAUGCUGCCAUGGUCGUUUUUUUUAAGUCCCCCAUAUCACAAGAAACUAGGUAUGAGCGAAACGCAAUAUUUCAUUCUGCAUUCUUUUAUGACAGUGAAAGGCAUUCGCUUCCAUGAUAUGAUCACAAAAAAAAAAACAUUUCACAUUUCAUAUUAGUAAGUCUCCUGCUAUGUAGGAGAUAAAGUACAGACUAAACAUCAUAAAGCUAUGAGAUGCCUUUGUAUUUAAAUGUGGCUGAAAUGCUACUCUUUUUACGCUACCGUCAAUGGAGACGAAAUAAUCUGUUGUAAUUGCAAUGUUGUACGAGAAAUUUAAUUGUCUUCCUACUGAAACUGAAAAUAUGAAUAGCUCUUGUAAAUGAAAAAGGUCCAAACUUAAAAAUAAAUUUGCCAUGACGACAUUGACUAUGAUGAGCCACUGAAAUUUUCAGUCAAAUCGAAUUUUACCAUGUUUAUAGCUGUUAAUAAUAAAACAUUGCAUACCGAUUUUCCAAUAUUAUCCUUGUAAGACAGGUGGAUUUCAUUGUUUUAAAAACAUCAACCGUUUGUAUUUUCUUAUGUUCUUAACUCAUCCCCCAACUCUUCAUUUCCUUGCAUUGUGUGUGCUGGUUAUGUUUAUUAAUUAAAUAUUAUGUUAUCUUUACCUCUGCUUGACAUGAACAGUUCAAAAUUAGACCAAGAUGAUCGUAUCUGAAGCAAAAUAGCAAUGCUUGUAUGCUACACUUCUAAAAUUCACUUUUACUCCCUCUCUUUUGAAAUAUACUACAUUAUUAAUAUUUUGGGGGUUUAUCUCCAUGUUUCUUUGUAAUGUAUUGUUAAAUAUUUUAAAUAUUGUCUAUAUAUAUAUUUUUUCUAUAGGAGCAAGACUCCCUUGCUAAAAGUAUUAUGUAAACCAUCCUCCUUUUCAGUUGAGAGUAUUAAGUCAUUCUUGCUAGGGGAGGUAUCCAUUACGAACGGAGAUAUAUGUAUAUUUGUUAAAUAUCGAGUUAAUUCUCGUUUUUAAAAGCACCAUUUGUGUAUUAAAGCUCCAAUUAUGUUCAUAAUGUUCUUUGCACUUGAAUUUUAUUAUUACAGGGUUUUAGUUGGGUUUAGCAAUGCGUCAAAUUGCAGUUCUCCAAAUUUAUGUAGAUUUUCCUGAGGGGUUUAUUUAAUUUUAUUUGUAAUUUGAAUUUUGAAAAAAAAUAUUCCAACUUGUUUAAAUGUGUUGCACAAAUGUUUCUUGUAUGUUAUUUCAAUAAAAGUAUCUUUAUAUAUGUA